CACACAUAUAUAUAGGGCUACCUAACUCGGCACACACACCACGGAUACAACCAGUCCAGUUGCCUGUCAAUCAAAAUAUAUAUGCGGCAUUGUAAUUACGAUUAAUGCUUUUAACGUCGCUGUCAAGGGCGAUAGGCUGAAUGAGAGCGUAAAAAGUACUGUCACAUAGACUGCAUUGAUUUGUGUUGAAUUCACGACGGCUGAAGGGAGAAGCUGGCUUUUGGCUCUCCAAAGAAAGGCAUCGACGACACGACACGCACGCACACACCGCCUGCAACUCGCUGCAUUGUCACAUUAACACACAGUACAGCAACAGCAAUCUUACUGCUGGAUUGUCACACAGAGUACAACAACAACAACAAUCUUACUGCUGCGUUGCUCCGAGGGUACGUAAACCACACAUUUCAGUCUGUCAGCACCACAGCAGGCCGUGUUUGUGAUAUCUGUGAGUCGUUCAUAAUCCGACUCGAGAAUUUCACGGCGUCCAAACGUUCAACUCGGCCACUGCAAUUUGUUGAGUCUGCGUUCCUAAGCCACGAUUACGGAUUAGUAAAAUUGAUUGGUUAUUAUUUUAAGCGCGUGUGUGCGUGCGUGCGUGUCGGAAUAUCAAAGGCUAGGGGGGGUGGGUCUGCGUCUUAUUCAUCCGUUAGCUGAGUUGGUUGUGCGUCCGGUGGGGGGGGAGGGGACGUGAGUGCGCCCAGCACGAACUUAGCCAAGCGAGUCUCCCUUUCAGCAACGUCUUACAAUCCGCAGAUUUAGAUGUAAGACAAGCAAACAGCAGCAGCAGCAGACAUCCGUUACUCAGUGACGGUGACGCCACCGCCAGUGCCAGGCUCGGUGCACCUUGAGCGUCAAGGCGAGACGAGUUCGUAGCGGACACGCAACGGAGUAAAACCCCGCGCCUUUGCACGUAGACACCAGCACCAUCACCACCAGCACCAUCACCACCAGCACCAUCACCACCAGCACCAUCACCACCACCAGCACCACCACCAGCACCACCACCAGCACAGGGGACACGUAGACACUAUCACCAGCACCACCAGCACCACCAGCACCACCACCAGCACCACCAGCACCACCAGCACCACCACCAGCAGCAGCACAGGGGACACGUAGACAAGCAGCUAUGUUCCACACGCUGUCCAGCCUGCUGUUCGGAACUUCGUCCGCGGCUGCCGUGGCCUCUUCGCGAGACCCGACCCCGGUUCGAACUCUGGAGGAGGAGGUGGACGGCUGGGUGGUGCUGGAGCUCGUGAGAGGUGUGGAGUCGACCGAGUUGGUGGCUUGCGACCCCCAGACGACCAGGCAGGAGGAGAGGCCCCUGGAGAGGCUGGGAACGUCGUGGUGCAGCGACGCGGGCCUCAGGCUCGUGACGCCCGACUGUGAGCUGCUCAUCAGCCGAUCCAGAGCCCACCCGACCCCCACAAUCGUCCCCAUCUUUCCCACCGCCUCCUCCUCCUCCGACAACAACAACAACAAUGACGACGAGGAGGCUGGCCAGCAUCUGCGACGGCGCUGGCAGCAGCAGCAGCAGCGAGGCCACGUGCUCACGUUGGGGCCACCGCCUCAGCUGCUACCUAGGCGCUACCAGCAGCACCACCAGCAGCAGCACCACCAUCAGCACCACCAGCAGCACCACCAUCAGCACCAUCAGCAGCAGCAGAGGAGGAGGGGAAGUCGGGCUCGGCAGAGAGUGGCGCUGUCGGCGCUGCACCAGCCGUGCGGGCGCGCGUUCAACUUCUGAGAGGGUGGCGCGCGUGACAGACGGACGGACUGACGGACGGACGGACGGAUGCAGCGAGGGAAGGGCGGAGAGGAUGGAUGGAUUGUAUAGGGCGGCGUUCUUCAUUGCAAGGCCCCCAAGAGCCACGUGUGGUCGCUGGGGGCCUUUAGCGCGGCCCCUUGGCCGUGCGGCGCCCCGAUACAAAACACAACGCUGACAACCUCCACCAUCAUCAUCAUCACCACCACCAUCAUCACCAUCAUCAUCACCAUCAUCAUCACCACCAUCAUCAUCACCACCAUCAUCAUCACCACCAUCAUCAUC